UCGCCAUUCUAGACUACACCUACUACAGUCCAGACUUCUUCACGGAGCGAUGGCUAGCCCACAGCAGAGGAGCCAUAAACCCAUCGACCGUCCCUUCUGGCAGCAGAAGCUCCCCGGCUGGACGCCGAUGCUGAACGCCGGCAACGCGGCACUGCCUUUCCUGCUGGUCGGGUUCAUCUUCGUGCCGAUCGGUGUGGCCGUGUUCCUCACCACCAGCAGGCUGCAGGAGUACCAGUUCGACUACACCGAGUGUCGGCAGGUGAACACCAAUAAGACUUGCGCGUCGGUGAUCGCCAAGGAGCCGACCAAGAGCUGCGUGUGCUACGAAAUCAUCACGCUCCCGGAAGACUUCCGUCAAACGGUGAACGUGUACUACGCCCUGACCAGCUUCUACCAGAACUUCCGCUUCUACGUCCAGUCGCGGGACGAGAAGCAGCUGCUGGGCUUCCCGCAUAGCGCGCGCAUGGCGUGCAAGCCGUACGACGUGGACCCCAAGACCGGCUACACGAUCUUCCCCUGCGGUGCCAUCGCAAACAGCCUCUUCAACGAUACGUUCAAGCUCAGGUACAGAACGGGAUCCAACUACCGCGACGUGGAGGUGUCCACCGACAACAUCUCGUGGCCCUCGGACCGCGAGCGAAAGUUCAGAAACCCGAUAAACAGGAAUCUCUCUGGCACGGUCAAGCCUCCCAACUGGCCCCUGCCCGUGGACCAGCUGCCGGGAGGCCUGCAGAACGAGGCGUUCAUGGUGUGGAUGCGGACGGCGGCGCUUCCAUCGCUGCGCAAGCUGUACGGUCGCAUCGCCAGCACCGGCGACUUCGCUCGGGUGAUGCCUCGAGGGGAGUACUACCUCGAGGUGCACUACCCGGCUGAUCCUGUCCAACUCGUCGUGGAUGGGCUCCCGCAACCCGUUCAUCGCGAUCGCCUACGUCUGCGUCGGGUGCCUGUGCGUCGCGCUCGGCCUCGCGUUCAUCGCCAUCAACCGCAGAUUCGGCAGCAUCAAGUUCCCGAUGCCCGAGAUCUCGGACUUCUGCGAGAAACGGCACGUGUGGCGAGCGCGCAAGCCGUCGCUUCUGCCGCUGCCCCAGACCCGCUCGGGCAGCACGGCCGGACGGCCGCCGAGCAAGACGAGCCUCCGCUGACGACGACGCGGUUGCCGGGAUCGGCCCCUGGCGUGUCGGCGAUGCGUUGCCGGGUCUACGCGGGAAGUCUGGGACCCACCAGGUGUACGGGGCUUCCAUGAAGACUUCGUCAACCUAUUGUUGCGUUUCUUCAGCUUUUUUUUUUUUUUGUCUUUUGCUUAUUAUUGCGCCAGUGACGUCACCAUGUUAUUGGGCGCAUGUGCGAGCUUGACACGC